CGCUGCCCAGAGCCUGAGGCGGCGCCUCUUUCCUCCUCCUUUAUUCCCUCUCCAGCUCGGCCUCUCCCUGCUGCCUGGACGGACUCGUCUCGCCGCGCGCUCUUCUCAGCCGCCGCCGCCGCCGCCACCAUGUCGGCCAAGGUGCGCCUGAAGAAGCUGGAGCAGCUGCUGCUGGACGGGCCGCGGCGCAACGAGAACGUCCUGAGCGUGGAGGCGCUGCUGGACCUGCUGGUCGGCCUCUACACCGAGUUCAGCCGCGACUCGCCGCUCCGGAGGGACAGGCUUGUCUCCGACUUCCUCGAGUGGGGAAAGCCAUUUACACAGUUGGUGAAGGAAAUGCAGCUUCAUCGAGAUGACUUUGAAAUAAUAAAAGUCAUUGGCAGAGGAGCAUUUGGUGAGGUUGCAGUUGUUAAAAUGAAGUGCACAGAGCGCAUUUAUGCAAUGAAAAUACUAAAUAAAUGGGAAAUGCUCAAAAGGGCAGAGACUGCUUGUUUCCGAGAAGAGAGAGACGUUUUGGUGAAUGGAGAUUGCCAGUGGAUCACUACAUUGCACUAUGCCUUUCAGGAUGAAAAUUAUUUGUACUUAGUAAUGGACUACUAUGUGGGUGGUGAUUUGUUGACAUUACUUAGCAAGUUUGAAGACAAGCUUCCAGAAGACAUGGCCAGGUUCUACAUUGGUGAAAUGGUUCUUGCUAUACAUUCCAUUCAUCAGCUCCAUUAUGUGCACAGAGAUAUAAAACCGGAUAAUGUUUUGCUGGAUGUGAAUGGCCAUAUACGCCUGGCAGACUUUGGCUCAUGUUUGAAGAUGAGUGAGGAUGGCACUGUGCAAUCAUCAGUUGCAGUGGGCACACCUGAUUAUAUUUCCCCGGAGAUAUUGCAAGCAAUGGAGGAUGGCAUGGGAAAAUAUGGACCUGAAUGUGACUGGUGGUCCCUAGGUGUCUGCAUGUAUGAAAUGUUGUAUGGUGAAACACCUUUUUAUGCAGAGUCACUGGUGGAAACCUAUGGGAAGAUUAUGAAUCAUGAAGAAAGAUUCCAGUUUCCAUCACAUGUUACUGAUGUAUCAGAAGAAGCAAAAGACCUAAUCCAGCGGCUAAUCUGCAGCAGGGAGCGUCGUCUGGGGCAGAAUGGAAUAGAAGAUUUCAAAUCACAUGCAUUUUUUGAAGGACUCAAUUGGGAUAAUAUCCGAAAUUUAGAAGCACCUUAUAUUCCAGAAGUUAGCAGUCCUUCAGACACAUCAAACUUUGAUGUUGAUGAUGAUGUAUUAAGAAACCCUGAAAUGAUACCACCUGGUUCUCACACUGGCUUUUCUGGGUUGCAUUUGCCUUUUGUUGGUUUUACCUACACAACUGAAAGGUAAGUGAAAAAGUUACCAGGUGCAGCAAUAUGGAAAAAUACAAUAUUCCCUUUUUCCACAUUUGGUUUUCUAGUCAAGAAAUUAACUAAAGAUGAGGAUGUUCAGCGUGACUUGGAAAACAGCUUGCAAAUAGAGGCAUAUGAAAGGAGAAUCCGAAGACUGGAGCAAGAAAAGCUGGAACUGAGCCGGAAGUUGCAAGAAUCCACACAGACUGUUCAGUCUCUUCAUGGUUCUGGCCGCAUAUCAGCAAGCACAAACCGGGAUAAAGAAAUUAAAAAGUUGAAUGAAGAAAUUGAGCGCUUGAAAAACAAAAUUGCAGAUUCAAAUAGGCUAGAGCGGCAGCUCGAAGAUGCAGUGACACUGCGGCAAGAACAUGAAGAUUCCACUCAUAAGAUUAAAGGCCUUGAAAAGCAAUGCAGGGUACUAAGGCAGGAAAAGGAAGACCUGCAUAAGCAACUCAUUGAAGCAUCUGAAAGAUUAAAGGCACAGUCCAAAGAACUAAAGGAUGCCCAUCAACAAAGAAAGCUAGCAAUGCAGGAGUUCUCUGAGCUGAACGAGAGGAUGGCAGACUUGCGCUCUCACAAGCAGAAACUUUCUCGACAGCUCCGUGACAAAGAGGAAGAAGUGGAAGUGAUCAUGCAGAAAAUUGACUCCAUGAGACAGGAAAUUCGUAAAUCUGAGAAAGCAAGAAAAGAGCUAGAAGCUCAACUUGAAGAUGCAGUAGCAGAAGCAUCAAAAGAGCGUAAGCUUCGAGAUCAUAGUGAGAGUUUCUCUAAGCAAUUGGAAAAUGAACUGGAAACACUGAAGGUAAAACAGGGGGGACGUGCAGCAGGAAUGGCCAUGCAAGAGCAUCAACAAGAACUAGCCAAAAUGAAGUCAGAACUUGAGAAGAAAAUCUUGUUUUAUGAAGAAGAGCUGGUCAGGCGAGAAGCUUCCCAUGUGUUAGAAGUAAAAAAUGUAAAGAAGGAAGUGCAUGAUUUUGAAAGCCAUCAGUUAACAUUGCAGAAAGAGAUCAUGAUGUUAAAAGAUAAAUUGGAUAAGGCAAAACGGGAGAAACACAGUGAGAUGGAGGAAGCAGUGGGAACUCUGAAAGAGAAAUAUGAGCGUGAGAGAACCAUGCUGUUUGAAGAUAACAAGAAAAUUACAAGUGAAAAUGAAAGGCUUUGUUCUUUUGUGGAUAAACUUACAUCACAAAACAGGCAGCUAGAAGAUGAACUUCAGGAUUUGGCGGCAAAGAAGGAAUCUGUUGCCCACUGGGAAGCUCAGAUUGCAGAAAUAAUUCAGUGGGUGAGUGAUGAGAAAGAUGCACGUGGCUAUCUUCAGGCUUUAGCUUCAAAGAUGACAGAAGAACUUGAAUCUUUAAGAAGCUCCAGUCUGGGAUCGAGAACAUUGGACCCACUGUGGAAAGUGAGGCGUAGUCAGAAGUUGGAUAUGUCAGCAAGGCUGGAAUUGCAGUCUGCCCUCGAUGCUGAAAUACGUGCCAAGCAGCUCGUGCAGGAAGAAUUAAGGAAAGUUAAAGAUGCCAACCUGUCCUUUGAAAGCAAACUAAAGGAAUCUGAAGCAAAAAAUCAAGAACUCAUGGAAGAAGUUGAAGGUUUAAAGAAGAAGCUAGAGGAUAAAUACAGGAGUGAUGCAGGCCUAAAACUUUCAGACUUCCAAGAUUCCAUUUUUGAGUACUUCAAUACCUCGCCUCUUGCACAUGAUCUUACUUUCAGAACGAAUUCUGUUAGUGAGCAGGAGGCACAAGGGUCCAAGGCAGAGGUCUCACCGUCGACAUCUGUUGUGACUUCAGAGCAGCAGCAGCAAGAAGAAGAACCAAUUCGGCUUCAGAGGACGCUUGCUGUUCCCUCCCCCACCAUUCAGUCCAUUUCUCUAGCUGUACCAAAGCCUAAAGCUCAUCAACUCAGUAUCAAAUCCUUUUCAAAUCCUACUCAGUGCAGCCAUUGCACAUCACUCAUGGUUGGAUUGAUUAGACAGGGCUAUGCUUGUGAAGUGUGUUCCUUUGCAUGCCAUGUUUCCUGUAAGGACAGCACCCCACAAGUCUGCCCUAUACCUCCAGAGCAAGCCAAGAGACCCCUUGGAGUAGAUGUUCAAAGAGGCAUAGGGACAGCCUACAAGGGCUAUGUUAAGGUUCCAAAGCCAACCGGAGUUAAGAAAGGGUGGCAGCGGGCCUAUGCAGUUGUCUGUGACUGUAAACUCUUCCUCUAUGACGUGCCUGAAGGAAAAUCCACCCAGCCAGGAGUUGUCGCAAGUCAAGUCCUAGAUCUCAGAGAUGAAGAUUUUUGUGUGAGCUCAGUCCUAGCAUCAGAUGUUAUACAUGCAACCCGCAAGGAUAUCCCUUGUAUAUUCAGGGUGACAGCUUCUCUCUUAGGCUCACCUUCAAAGACCUGCUCUCUGCUGAUCCUAACAGAAAAUGAGAAUGAAAAGCGAAAGUGGGUUGGAAUCCUAGAGGGGCUGCAAUCUAUUCUGCACAAAAAUAAACUCAAAAACCAAGUUGUACAUAUUCCACAGGAAGCCUAUGACAGUACACUUCCUCUUAUUAAAACCAGCUUAGCUGCUGCUAUUAUAGAUCGGGAUAGAAUAGCAAUUGGUUCUGAAGAAGGUCUUUACAUUAUAGAGGUGACCCGUGAUGUGAUCGUCCGAGCUGCUGACUGUAAGAAGGUCUACCAGAUAGAGCUUGCUCCCAAAGAGAAAAUCAUCAUCCUUAUCUGUGGUCGUAAUCAUCACGUUCACUUGUAUCCCUGGUCCUCCCUGGAUGGAUCUGAAGGCAGCUUUGAUGUUAAGCUUCCUGAAACAAAAGGCUGCCAGUUCAUUAUUACCGGGACACUGAAGAAGAGCAGUUCAACAAGUUUGUUUGUGGCAGUCAAACGGCAGGUUCUCUGCUAUGAGAUUCACAGAACUAAACCUUUCCAUAAAAAGUUCAAUGAAAUCCAGGCUCCAGGCAAUAUACAGUGGAUGGCACUGUUCAAAGACAGGCUUUGUGUUGGGUACCCGUCUGGUUUCAGUCUCUUGAACAUCCAAGGAGAUGGACAGUCUAUAAACCUGGUAAAUUCCAAUGACCCUUCGCUUGCAUUCCUCUCACAACAGUCUUUUGAUGCCCUUUGUGCUGUGGAGCUCGUCAAUGAGGAAUACCUGCUUUGCUUCAGCCAUUUGGGAGUGUACGUCGAUGCGCAAGGUCGAAGGUCACGCUUGCAGGAACUGAUGUGGCCUGCAACUCCUGCUGCCUGUAGUUGCAAUCCAUUCUAUUUAACGGUCUACAGUGAAUAUGGUGUGGAUGUUUUUAAUGUUAACACAAUGGAAUGGGUACAGACUAUCGGCUUAAGAAGGAUCAGACCCCUAAAUGUGGCAGGCACACUGAAUCUCCUUAACUGUGAACCUCCUCGACUAAUCUACUUCAAGAACAAAAUUUCAGGAGCUACACUUACUGUGCCAGAAACAUCUGACAACAGCAAAAAACAAAUGCUUCGCACUAGAAGCAAAAGAAGAUUUGUCUUUAAAGUCCCUGAGGAGGAAAGAAUACAGCAAAGGCGAGAGAUGCUCCGAGACCCUGAGCUCAGAUCCAGGAUGAUUUCUAACCCAACCAAUUUCAACCAUGUGGCUCAUAUGGGACCAGGCGAUGGAAUGCAAGUCCUCAUGGAUCUCCCAUUGGGCAUUGUACCUUCAUCACAAGAUGAAAAGGCCUGUCCUCCCACAAGCAGCGUUUCACGCCAAGCUCCUCAGAGAAACAAAAGCUACAUUUCGUGGCCAUCUUCAAGUGGCAGUGACCUAGGAGCAGCCAUGCCUUUACGAAGUAUGUCUGAUCCAGACCAGGAGUUUGACAAAGAGCCUGAUUCGGAUUCUACCAAACACUCUACUCCUUCCAACAGCUCUAACCCAAGUGGCCCUCCAAGUCCCAACUCUCCGCAUAGGAAUCAGCUUUCACUAGACGGAUUGGACCAGUCCACCUGUGACGCAUAACACUACAGCUCCCCCUCCCCACUUUCUCAUUCGGGAUCAUCUACUACUCUGUGGAGUAUUCAAGAGCAGGACGUCUCUCUUGAGCAACUGUGCCAAGACUGAUACUGGAUUUCUAGUGUUGCACAAAAGUAAAUUGUAUAUCUAGAUUGUAGAUUUGGGGGUGGGAGGCUUUAAAAAGGAUGAAAGAGUUCUUCACUUCUAUGGUGAUCAAGUUGUGGGAUUUUUUUAAAAUGCAAAACUAUUCAUUCUUAAAGCUGCAAUGGAUUCAUUUCUACAUGACAGUGAUACUCCUGUGGCAGACCCUAAAGGCUACCGGUGAACAGUCUGCAUACUUGCGCUGGAAAAAAAUAGAGCAGAGAUGCCGGUGGUUUUUACUACUAUACAGUGUCAGGAAUGUUGUUUUUCUAUAGGGUGGUGUUUUGUCUCCCUAAUAGGAAAUCCUUCUAGCAGAAAGAUCAGACUUUUGGGUGGGAAGUAAAAGCAGACUAGUUACAUCCUUGGCUAAAUAUAUUCUGAAUAUAUUCUGUUUGUUUUGUUUUUCCAGAGUUUAGGAGAAUGAUAGAAAGCUGUAAGGCCAUUCCCAACAACAGUAGAAUAUUUCAGGAAGUUGAAAACUGAUGUUCUAGUUUGUGGCCUUUUAACUUAUUUAGCCUUUACAUACAUUCUCAGCUUUGUAAAUUUCUUUCUCCUGACUUUUUAGUCAUGUACAUAAAACUAGUAACAGUAACAUUUUAUCCAUUCCCUGCUUUUUUAGACCUUGUUAGCCAGGGCAGGGCUUUUUUUAAAGAAACCUAAGUAAAAUACUGCUGUAAAACCAGUUUUACUCUGUUUUUCCUGCUAUCCAUCUUCUCAGACAUUCUUGUAAUUUCUCUUGUGGGGGAGGGGGGUCAGUGUAAAAUAUACACUACAUUAAAGAAGUAGCUGCUUGUACGAAGGGGUUGUGUUAAUACUUAAACCAUCGGUCCAUUAUUACUGGUAACCAAAGUGGAAACAUUGAAGGAUGUGUGUAUGAGGAAACCUCAUUGUCUUUUUUCCUUCCUUCCCCUGUUCAUUGUAUCCUUACCUGCAUGAAGAACCCCAUGAUUGCUAAUCAAAAGUAUUGAUCAUGCAGGGGAAGAAAUGCACAGCACAGUCCUGUAUUUUGCUACGGCCCGUGUGCAGCGGUGACAUAUUCCGUGGAUAUUUAAUCUCAUGCUUCCAUGUACUAUACAUUUAGUAAUUCUCCCUGCCCCCACAAAAAAAUCGUGAUCAUGUUUCAUUUAAAAGCGUGUAAUUAAUUCUGUGGCUGGCAUAUCCAGUUUGUCACUGUCACACUCGUUGUGCCUUCUGUGCCAAUUUGAUGACGGUUGGAUGUCGGUUGUUUUAAAAUCUGGUUUCUGUGGGCUAAUGCGACACCAAUGGCUAAUACUCUUUCCUGAAACACUGUAUGGGACGUGCACUUAUCUCUAGUUUAAACCAAGUGGUUCUAGUCAACAUUUAAUCCUGUUACAUUAAGUGUUUGACCACACUCGCUCUGUCUCCGAUUCUUGAUCAAUUAAGCUCAGUUUGAGCUGGACACUACUGCUUUCGGGGUUUUCUGGUUUUUACUCUUUUUUUUAAUGUAAGUCUAAAGUCUUUGUAAUUAUUGAAUUGUGAGAACAUUUUUGAAUAAUUACUUCUCAAUAAAGCAGAAGAGGGAGGUUUUAAAAAGUU